GACCGUGUUACCUUCAAGAUAAAGGCUGAAGUCUUUCGUGUGCAGCGGUGGGUGUUAUUUAGUACGCGUCUGACCACAGUGCUGUUAGGGAGCCUCUCUUUGGUCACUGUAGGCUGCAGAGCGGCGGAACUACGAGGCGUCGAGAUAAACGGUGCGAUUCUGCACCGAGGUUUGACAGACCGAAGAGUGUGUAGAACAAGAUCGCGCAGAACGGAGCUUGUGAAGUGCGUCGUUUCAGUUCGCUACAGUCUUGAAGCGAAGUGGGCCAGAGGCCGGCAGCGAUCAGCAGUGGAUGCUUUGACGGCCAUGAGGCGAAAUGCGUCAAGUUCCAUUCGAACUGCUGAUAGCCAGCAGUCAAGACAGCACAAUCGACCUUCCAUUUCAGGAUGUGCAUACAUUUGCUCGGUGACCUGGUAGUCGGUUCUUUGAUGUCGUGCAGCGACUUGGAGGAACACAUUCAGCUGUGCCGUAUGACGGAGGAAUCAACCGUAAGUGCUGAGAGCUGUGAAGACAAUGAGGCCCAGUUUGUACACAGAUCGCACGCCACAGGCGUGGUAAAAGAGGGUGGGGGACCAUUGGUCACGAGCGCACGCUUCCACGAAGCCUGGCUGGUCACGGCUUGCGGCCACGGCAGAUCCAUCAACAAAUCGAAAGAAAAGACGGCCAUGACCCUGAGCGUAAGCAGUGUCUUGCGUGUCAUUGAAAGGAAUGCAAGUACUUCAAUCAAGGUGGAACGGAUUGUCUGUAAGCUGUACUUCCUUGAUGCCGAUCACGUCUAUAGAACGUGGAACAGACUCGGCCAGAGGGCUGUGAAUGCCUUGGACACGAGAACAGUCAUCGAGAAUGCCACGACGCAGGCUGCGCAUUGAUGGAAGAGCUGGCUUGUGAUGCUGAAGUGUCGUGACCGUUUGAACAGGUCUAGAAGGC